AUGAACCAAUACUGGAAUAAGUAUUAACAUAUCUUUUUGCAUCCAUUACAGCAGGUAUUUGAAUCAUCUUCAUUUCUCUUACUGAAUAAAACUGUAGAAUAUUUUCUAAAAUUAUUUUUGCAAGUAUUUGACUCAGGUGUUGCAUAUUUUGAAGCAGGACAGGAAGUAAAAAAAUCAAUUGUUGUUACAUUAUUGUAAAAACCAUCAGGAAAAUAUAAUAAAUCUUAAAUUGAAAACUAGAAAAUGAAGAAUUGGUACCAAAUUGCAAGUAUCAUAAGUAUAUACAGAGGUAUUGGAAGUAUGUGA